AUGACCCCGCAGACCAAUUCUGCUCCCGCCAAAAAUAACAGGUGCCAAACCGCAACUGGACCUCGGCAGAGGACCCCCAUUCCAGCGAAGUCGCCAAAGCGAGCUCGAGAAGAAGACGAAGUUUCACACCCCCUCCCUUCCCUCGAGCCGUUUCCAAAGCGAGUACGAACAUCUACAGCUUCAGUAGGCAAACCAGCUAGGCGGAAGACAAUCACAGAGGCUCGGGUUGACUACUGGAAUGAAACCCGAACCUGGCCGACAGAGGAACAAGAGAACACAAUGGACCGAUUUCGCGACCUUGCUCAGCCUGUGCUAGCAAGAAAGAAAUCAUUAGCUUCUCUCCGCCGCAAGCGUUCAGAUGCUAGCAUCAACACCGAAACAGUCUCAACACGAACGCCGAGUGACCAACAACCGCGGGAACAGAAGAGCACUCCAUAUAGACACCCACGUUACGAAGGUCAACUCAGUGAGCGCGGUAGCUUCAUGUGUAGAUAUGAAGGUGGCAUCAGCGCCGAAAGCAAAGCGCUUUGCCAAAAGCUUCUAAACUCGGCACAAUCGCUGCCGAAAGAUACAUUAUUUGAAGAUGAACUGUUUGAGGAUACUUUGGAAUCAAUCAAAGGUAGAAACGAGGCCAGAGUGAUCCGUGAUAUCGCGCAGCUUAUUGUUCCUCCUGCCGAAAUCUUAGCAAUCCGCGGCGCCAAGCACCUAAAGACUCUCAGAGAGACCACCAACGCUGGCUGGAACAACGCCAUUCCCUUUUACGGAUCACGCCCACAACCGGACUACAGCCUUGGAUUCAAGCGAGAAGCUUUUACCCGGGAACGACUACAGAAACUCCAGCCCUUCAUUGGAAAUGAAUUAGAGGAUUGCUCCUAUUUUGCGGCCACGUACGACAUGUACUUUCCGUUCCUUACUAGCGAAGUGAAAUGCGGAGCAUCCGCCCUUGACAUUGCUGAUCGGCAGAAUGCUCACAGUCAAACCGUUGCAUUACGUGGUUUGAUAGAGCUUUUCCGGCUUGUGGGUCGGGAGAACGAUCUUCAUCAAGAAAUUAACGGCUUUUCAAUCUCUCAUAGCGAUGAGUAUGUAAGAAUCUGGGGACAUUACGCUGUUGUCAAUGGGAAAGACUUCACAUUCUACCGACAUCCAAUUGCCAAGUUUGAUAUUUCAAAGACCGAACAAGGAGACAAUCGGUGGACGGCAUACACCUUUGUUCAGAAUAUGUACGAUUUAUGGCUCCCUGAGCACUUCUCAAGGAUCUGUUCCGUUAUCGACAUGCUCCCCUCCGACUUGGAUUUCAAAGUCUCCGAACAAUUCGAACUUCAACCUCUGCUUCCGGAAAUGGCCUCUUCCCUCUCAGAAUUGUCCCAACAACUCGAGGAUCACAGCUUAGCCGAUGAAGGGGUAAUAUCAGACAGCCAGCCAAGCACCCACCCUAUAACCCCAGAGGCCACAAUCAACACCAGGCCCAGCAACUCCAAGAAGAAUAAGACGAAGUGACAACAUGCACCUACCAUUCCUCUCGGGCUCGGCUAUAUGCCUUGCGACAACAUCAGGUCACACGACACUACAGCAAUUGUGAAGCCAGUGUAUCUGCAAGAGCAAUGAUAGGCAUCCAGUUUCUGGCACAAGUUACCAUUAUCAGACACAAGCAGCCGUACUUCUGAAUCUACGAUUCGCUACUUUCCUUUUCGAAUUCAAUGUGUUGUGUCAAUACCCCCACUGUCUACAAUCAAUGAGGAGAAAAAGGGUGGGUGUAGGGCUUGGACUUGACCGUUACGCAGUUGAGCAAGAAGGUUGAGGGUUAUGGGGCUGAUGUCAGGCUGGCUGGAGGGUUUUGUUCUUGUGGGUCUACAUGAUUAGCGUGGAGUAUAAUGAUUGAGAGCCAGAGCUAGUUGAGUCGGAGUUGGCCAUUCCUUCUAGGCACAUCAUGAAAUGC